CACUUUGCAGAGGAUGGAACACAGUGAUGCGCUGGGAUUAGACUGAGGAUGCAAACAAUGACACCCAUUUAAGCUACAUCUGUAUCUUCAAAUUCGGUUAAGACUAUCCAAGUGUUUGAUUCUCUGUAUAUAUUUUUGCUUUUUGAGACUACUUUUCAAACUUUGGUCUCCUGAGAUCCACCCACCUCUGCCCCCCGCCCCCCCCGGACUGUGCGUCUGCGCUGCGCCGCCAUGUGCGCGCUUGUCUCGGCGUGGCUGUGUCUGCUGCUCGGCCUCCUACCUCUGGAGAUCCAGUCCCGGGCUUUGACUCUGCAGAGCUUCACUCACAGACACAGGUCAAGCUUACCCAAAAGCUCAAAAUACCCAAAGUCUACAUUAACUCCCAUCAUGCCUACUGCCUCUGAUCUGUCCUUCACCCUUGAAAACCGCAUCUCCCAUGGGAACAGACAGAUCAUCUGGAGGGCUUUGAUACACAAAGAGCCUCCACAGCGAUGGCCCGACCCGUUGUCUGACCAAACCAGGGGAGAGCUACAAGAAGCACCAGUCUGGCAGCGUGGGUCACGGGGUCGUCGUCAUGCCAACAAUGGAGGCAGUAGGGGCCACGGUCAUCUGAUGAGGGUAGGCUGUGUCCUCGGUACCUGUCAGGUCCAGAACCUCAGCCACCGUCUCUACCAGCUUAUUGGACAGAGUGGGAGGGAAGACUCCUCCCCCAUUAACCCUCGCAGUCCUCACAGCUACGGCUAAGGUCCAUCUACCAUGAUGCCUUUAUAGACAAGGAAGUGUCCCAGGUCAUUGAAUGUCAGUGUCUUCUCAUCUUAUCUGCUUUGUCAUUAAAUGAUAAUUGCAGUUUAUCACAACAUGGGUCUUAUUGUUGUAGUUUUGACCAUCUUUCAAGUUUGUAUAAAAAGUAGAAAUAGAAGGGAGGAGAAAUUGAAGCCCAAUAUAAACAUCCUAGGAGGCUUUGGUUGAAGUUUUACCUUGGGUUUCCACCAAAGUUUACACUUACUGUAGAUUUACAGAUCAAUAGAGUUUUACUUUUACAUAACCCUAUGACAUAACAACCAGUCAUGUUGCCUUGUCCUACACUGCAGUUCCCACAUGUCAGAGAUUUUUACUUUCUAAAGCAAAUGCAUGUAGAAGUUCAUGUCAGUGAAAUAGCUGCAUCCCAUUUAGGUAUAUCAGUUUCAAGCCUUGAAAUUGUGCACGCUGGUUCACUGGAAUGGGAUCCUGAGACAUCAGAGACAAGGAUAGAGACAUUAUUAACAGCUUUACAAGCCGAAAAGGCUGCUGUGAAAAAGCCUAUUACUCCAGGAGAUAUGGACAAAACUACAAGAGUAAGAAUUGUCUUUCAACUUAAUAUCAAAGUGUUAAAUGUCUUACUCAAGCCUGUUCCAUGCAUUUGGUAUUAAUCUAAUACUUGUUAAACUAUUUAGACACUGAAUUUGUACAGAAAGCCUCUUUUAGUUUGGCCUACCUGACUAAUGACUGCUGUCGUCAUCGCUGGUUUUGAUCCUGCUGAUCUGAACUUGUCUGAGCUCAGAGAUAAUCCAUCCUCUUCCUUAAACGCACCCUCAUCUCUGUCCCCCUCUCUGCAAACAAGUAGCUUUACUUCCGUGCAAAAAAAAUAACCUCUAGCCAAACCCCAUUAACCCUUCACCCAAAACCCUGCUGUGUGCACUCUGCAAAAAUAACCACUAACCCUAAUCCAUGCAUGAUCAGUCUACAUGGUUCUUCACAUCUUGUACCCAUCUGUCAGGUGAACCUAUGAGGAGACAGCUACACCCAAGAGUGCUCUUAUCUGUUAACUGUACAUGUACGAUGCUUCCUUUCAUUUAUCAUUAUUGAGCCUUAAUUUUGUGUACUCAGUUUUAAGGCCUUAUAGUCUUAUGCCUGAUAUUUCUUCUUGCUCAGAUCAUUCAUUAAUCAGUAUCACUGUGAAUAUUCACUAUCAAAGUAUUAUCUCAAUCUCUGUUGUGUACUGUUUUUCUGUGUUUGCUGUUUCAUCUGGUUUCAUUAGUUGUUCCUACAGGUCAAAUGUUCAUAGGAAAGCAUGAAAGCACUUUAUUGUUCUUUAUAUUAAGUAUGACUUGAAUUUUUAAGAAAGUGUAUUAUUUAACUUUAAAUUAAUGAAAGCGUUAUUUCUGUAAAUAUAUCACUUUACUAAAUAUCCAUGCCCUUUUAAAGUGUCCUUUUGUAAGUGAUCUAAUACAUUGUUUUUACAAUAGCAGCAUUCUGUAAUAAAACUCAAAUCAAACCUG